UUGAGCUUCGGUUAAUUUUCGGGCUUCACUUUUUUUGCUACCCACAGGAGGUUUUUUCUUCUCACUAUCGAGGGAAGGAUUUCCUUUUCCUGAACAUUUUCUUAGUUGUCGCUUCUCCCACAUCCACCAUCGACUGCCCCCGACUGAUUGAUUUCUUUCUGCACCAGGACAGAAUCAAUCCACGAUGUCCCACCGCAAGUUCGAGGCCCCCCGUCACGGUUCGCUCGCUUUCCUGCCGAGGAAGCGCGCCUCUCGUCACCGUGGCAAGGUAAAGUCCUUCCCCAAGGAUGACCCCAAAAAGCCGGUCCACCUCACCGCCGCCAUGGGCUACAAGGCGGGCAUGACGACCAUCGUCCGCGACCUCGACCGACCCGGCGCGAAGUCCCACAAGAAGGAAAUUGUCGAGGCGGUCUCAAUUAUCGACACUCCCCCUAUGAUCGUUGUUGGUCUUGUGGGCUACAUUGAGACGCCCCGUGGUCUCCGAUCGCUCACUACCGUCUGGGCUGAGCAUCUGGGCGACGAACUCAAGCGCCGAUUCUACAAGAACUGGUACAAGAGCAAGAAGAAGGCGUUUACCAAGUACGCCAAGAAGCACUCGGAGAGCAGCGGCUCCUCCAUCACCCGAGAGCUUGAGCGCAUCAAGAAAUACUGCACGGUCGUCCGUGUUCUGGCGCACACUCAGAUCCGGAAGACGCCAUUGAAGCAGAAGAAGGCUCAUCUCAUGGAGAUUCAGAUCAAUGGCGGCUCCGUCGCUGACAAGGUCGAGUUUGGCCACGGCCUCUUCGAGAAGCCCGUCAGCAUCGACACCAUCUUCGAGCAGGACGAGGUGAUCGACGUCAUCGCCGUUACCAAGGGCCACGGCUUCAGCGGUGUCACCGCUCGCUGGGGCACCAAGAAGCUCCCCCGCAAGACCCACAAGGGUCUCCGCAAGGUCGCCUGUAUCGGUGCCUGGCAUCCUUCCCACGUCCAGUGGACCGUAGCCCGUGCCGGUCAGCAAGGUUACCACCACCGUACCUCGGUCAACCACAAGGUCUACCGCAUCGGCAAGGGUGAUAACGAGAGCAACGGCUCGACCGAACAGGACGUCACUAAGAAGACGAUUACUCCCUUGGGCGGUUUCGUCCGAUACGGCGAGGUCAACAACGACUUCGUCAUGGUCAAGGGCUCAAUCCCCGGUGUCAAGAAGCGUGUGGUGACGCUACGGAAGUCGAUGUUCACGCACACUUCGAGAAAGGCGUUGGAGAAGGUGGAGCUGAAGUGGAUCGAUACUUCUUCGGAGUUUGGUCACGGUGCUUUCCAGACGCCGGCGGAGAAGAAGCAGUUCCAGGGCACACUCAAGAAGGACCUCGUGCAGAGCUCGUAAGAGGGUUCGCAUUUCUUCGUGUCUUGUCUCGGCAUCGGUGUUCCUGGUUCCCUUUUCGGCUUCUGCGCGAUGGGCAUGGUCUAGGGUUGGCAUUUGAGUCUUAGGGUUGAUAAUGAACAAAUGCACGAAACAAAAGUCGUAAAAUCGAGUUAUACAAACACUGCCUGUCUUCUAGUUUUCCGGCCGUGACGACGACGACGACGACGACGACGACAUGUUCUCAUGCCUAAAAGCGGGCUUGUAGGGAGUCGGUGAUGCGGCGAACCCUCUCG